AACACCUGCAGUUUCCGGCGCCUACCGGAAGUACUUGUAUUUUCGUGUGUGAAACGAAUAAAAUAACCGGAGCUAUUUAGCUGGAUUAACUUUAGCAUAAUUACUGCCUCUAUGGUAUACAAAAUUACCGGCUAGAGGGAAUAACAAUCGUUUCAGCCAUGUCCAUGUCCCAUCUGUAUGGGAAGAGAAAUGAGGAGGAGGAAGGCGUGGAGAUAGAGAGCUUUGAGGUGACAGAAUGGGACCUGGCCAAUGAGUUCAACCCAGACCGCCGCAGGCACAGGCAGACCAAGGAACAGGCCACCUAUGGCAUCUGGGCUGACAGGGACUCAGACGAGGAUGAGAGGCCCAGCUUUGGAGGCAAGAAGUCUAAAGAUUACACUGUUCCAGUGAGCUUUGUGAGUGGUGGUCUUCGUAAGUCUGCAGCUGAGGAAAAACAGCACCAACAAAAAGAGGAAGGAGGCUCUGAUGACUCUGAAGAUGAUGGUCCUUCAGCACCUCCCCCUCCUCGUGGCAUUGCACCCAAAAAACUCCAGAUGGGUAACUUCCGGGGGAACCAGUCACAAAGGUUUGCAGGUGGCAUACAGUCUGGUAAAGGCAUCGGUAGCUGGGAGAAGCACACAAAGGGAAUUGGCCAGAAACUUCUGCAGAAAAUGGGUUAUCAACCUGGCAAAGGCCUGGGCAAGAACGCUCAAGGUAUUAUUAAUCCCAUUGAGGCAAAGGUUCGUAAAGGCAAGGGAGCAGUGGGUGCUUAUGGCAAUGAGCGAACCCAGCAGAGUCUUCAGGAUUUCCCCGUGGUCGACUCAGAGGAGGAGGAGGAAAAGGAGUUUCAGAAGGAGCUAGGCCAGUGGCGUAAGGAUCCUGCAGGUUCUGUAGGGAAGAAGAAGCCCAAGUAUUCCUACAGAACUGUGGAUGAGCUAAAGGCUAAAGGCAAGGUGGCAGGGCGCAGCACAGCAGCAUCUGCUGGAGAGUUGGCACAGGUUAAGGUAAUAGAUAUGACUGGGCGAGAACAAAAGGUAUAUUACAGCUAUAGCCAGAUGUCCAACAAGCACAGUGUUCCAGAUGAAGGUCCGCCAAGCUUGUCCACACAGGAUCAGAAGGGAUCAGGCUUUGCUCUCCCUGAACUUGAACAUAAUCUGCAGCUACUGAUAGACCUCACAGAACAGGACAUAUUACAGUCCGCCAGACGUCUGCAGCAUGAGAAAGAUGUAGUUGUGUCCCUGAGCCACGAGUCACGAGCACUGCAGAGCAGACUGGAUGCAGAGCAAGAUGCCAUCUCCAGAAUGGAGGCUGUUCUGGCAUUGGUGGAGCGUUUUCCCUCUGGGGAGAUGGCCCCUGGGGAGGGGCCCACCCUGCAGGAGUGUGCCCGGAUCUUUGAGACUUUACAAACAGACUAUUAUGAAGAAUACAAGACAAUGGGAUUGGCAGACCUGGCUGUAGCUGUUGUCCAGCCGUUACUCAAAGAAAAACUUCGGUCUUGGGACCCUCUGAAGGAUAGCUCUUAUUGUCUGGAAGACAUCGGUCAGUGGAGAGCAAUCCUUGAAUCCAGAGACCUCCAUACCAGUGCCCCAGAUUCAAACAUGGACCCUUACCACAGACUGUUGUGGGAAGUGUGGAUCCCAGUGAUGCGACCUUGUGUGUCAGGCUGGCAGCCUCGUAUAGUAGUGCCGAUGGUGGACUGUGUGGAAGUGUGGGCUCCUCUUCUCCCAAUAUGGAUCCUGGAACACCUGAUGGAGCAGCUGAUCUUACCUCGGCUACAGCGAGAGGUAGAUAACUGGAACCCUUUAACUGACACAGUGCCCAUCCACUCCUGGAUCCAUCCGUGGCUGCCUCUGCUUCAAUCACGUCUAGAGCCUCUCUACCCACCUAUCCGGAGCAAGCUAUCCAAUGCCUUGCAGCGAUGGCAUCCAAGUGACGCCUCGGCCCGCCUCAUCCUACAGCCAUGGAAAGAUGUUUUCACACCAGGUGCAUGGGAAGCCUUCAUGGUGAAAAACAUCAUCCCUAAACUAGCUCUGUGUCUGGAAGAGCUGGUUAUCAACCCUCACCAGCAGCAGAUGGAUCCAUUUAACUGGGUGAUGGAUUGGGAGGGCAUGUUGUCCCCCUCCAGCCUGGUGUCCCUGCUGGACAAAAACUUUUUUACUAAGUGGUUGCAGGUCCUGUGUUCAUGGCUGAGCAACAGUCCUAACUAUGAGGAAAUCACUAAAUGGUACCUGGGCUGGAAGAGCAUGUUUAGUGACGUCUUGUUGUCACAGCCGCUCAUUAAAGAGAAAUUUAAUGAAGCUUUGGACAUCAUGAACCGAGCAGUGUCUUCAGGCAUGGGUGGAUAUAUGCAACCUGGUGCAAGGGAGAACAUUGCAUAUCUAACACAGACAGAGAGACGAAAAGACUUCCAGUAUGAAGCGAUGCAGGAGCGCAGAGAUGCCGAGAGCGUGGCUCACAGGGGCAUCAGUGCUGGUGUGCCGACUAACUUCAAAGAUCUCAUCCAGACCAAGGCAGAGGAGAACAACAUUGUCUUCAUGCCCUUAGUGGCCAAACGGCACGAGGGCAAACAGCUGUACACAUUUGGGCGUAUUGUCAUUUACAUAGACAGAGGGGUUGUGUUUGUGCAGGGAGAGAAGACUUGGGUCCCCACGUCUUUGCAGAGUCUGAUAGAUAUGGCCAAGUGAGGGUGGACGGACUGAUUCCUUGGUCUACUAUGUGUAAAAGAGAAUAAGUAGAGCAAAUGUUUGCCUUUUGUGUAACUGCUGAUCUUUGUCAUAUGUGUCUUUGUACAUUUUUAGUGUCACUAGAGCUGUGAAUAAAUCAUUUUUGAUUGUA